CAUGAACGUGCUUGCUAGCUUGACUCUGGUUCGCUAACUUCUGUGUGGUCAACCAACCGAAGCAUGAGGUCCGCUGACUGUCCGUUUUUUCCCCGAUAACGUCAAAACGGCGAAAAGAAGGUGUCGUUAAGGGUGUGAUGAUAUAUGAUUUCCGACUUGAUUUUAUUUCUUCUGUCUGAAACGGAAACAGCAGCCUUUGCGGAACAGCGAACUCUUCUCUGUAUCCCUCACCUCGUCCGCCAGCGUCCUGCGAGGGCUGCUAGCUACGAUGUGAUUGUGAAUAACCGCCGUCAAGGGAAGUUAUAAUUGACAUUAUCAUAGCUGAAUGGCUCCAGCACCGGCCUGUCUGCCUUCAUUUAACGCCUGCAUGCUCCUUUUCCGAUAGCCAUUUGAGCUCCGCGUCGGGAGGGACCGCUACAUUUUCUUGGCGGAAAUAACCGAGAGAGACCGCAUCCACAGCGCUGUAGUUCGCAUCUGAGGAAAGAUGUCUUUCUUCAAUUUUCGGAAGAUAUUCAAGUUGGGGCCCGACAAGAAGAAGAAGCAGUACGAGCAUGUACACAGAGACGUGAAUCCGGAGGAAAUUUGGGAGAUUAUUGGGGAGCUGGGAGAUGGAGCGUUUGGGAAAGUGUACAAGGCACAGAACAAGCAGAAUGGGACCCUCGCUGCUGCUAAGGUUAUUGACACAAAGACAGAGGAUGAAUUGGAGGAUUACAUGGUCGAGAUCGACAUUCUGGCGUCUUGUAACCACCAUCACAUUGUCAAACUGCUGGAUGCUUUCUAUUUUGAAGGCAAACUUUGGAUUCUGAUCGAGUUCUGCGCGGGUGGUGCAGUCGAUGCCAUCAUGCUGGAACUGGAGAGACCCCUGACAGAGCCCCAGAUCCGUGUGGUGUGUAAGCAGACCUUGGAAGCCUUGAUUUACCUCCAUGAGAACAAAGUCAUCCACAGAGACUUGAAAGCCGGAAACAUUCUCCUCUCUUUGGAAGGAGAUGUAAAACUAGCUGACUUUGGGGUGUCUGCUAAAAAUACGAAGACGUUACAGAGGAGAGAUUCUUUCAUCGGCACUCCAUAUUGGAUGGCCCCAGAGGUGGUAAUGUGCGAAACUUCCAAAGACCGUCCGUACGACUACAAGGCCGACAUCUGGUCCCUCGGGGUAACCCUCAUUGAGCUGGCACAGAUUGAACCACCCAACCACGAGAUGAAUCCCAUGAGAGUGCUGCUGAAAAUAGCGAAGUCCGAGCCACCCACACUCAUGCAUCCCUCUCGCUGGUCACCAGAAUUCAACGACUUUCUGCGGAAAGCGCUUGAUAAGAAUGUGGACAAUAGGUGGGGCGCGCCACAGCUCCUACAGCAUCCUUUUGUUACCAGUGUUACUGAUAGCAAACCUCUCCGAGAGCUCAUAGCUGAGGCCAAAGCUGAAGUCACAGAAGAGAUUGAGGAUAGCAAAGAGGAGGAGGAGGAAGAAGAGGCUGAUACACCUGUGGCUGUUCCUGGGCAUAAGCGAGCGCCAUCAGAUGCCAGCGUGGCCAGCUCAGAGGAUGACAAAGUCCCACCGACUCCCUCCACCCUCGAAUCUGUUACAGAAAAGACGGAGGCUGAGCCUGCUGAGGACCGGACCAGUGAUAAGCUCUCUGAUGAAGGACUUGGAACAAGUGAAGUAGACAAGACUGAGGAGGAGAAACUCAAUGAGGUGUCUGAUGUCAGUAAUGAAGACCUGCCCUCUGGACUAAUUGAGCCUGGGAAGGACUUGACUUCACAAGAUUCUACAGAACCUAAGCCAGAAGAUAAUCAAGCUGAAGAGAUUCCUGCUGAGCCUGUGGUAUCACAACCAGAAGAACCCGUAGACACAGCAGAUACUCAAGAACUAGUCACAGAUGGUAAAGAAGCAGAGGAGAAACAGCAGGAGACAGAAGAAAAGAAAAUAAUAGAUGAACCCCCCCAGGUAGUAGAAGAGGAACAGCGACCAGAGGCGGUCAAACAAGAGGAAGAUAAAGAAGCAAGUACAGAAGAAACCACAGAAUCACAAAAGCAGCCUGAAGAUACACCAGAGAACACAGAAUCCAUAUCAGGAGAAGUGGCACAAGCAGAAGAACAAGGCAAAGAACCAGAUGAGGAAGUGCCUCAACAAAAAGUAGCAGAGGACAGAAUAGAAGACAUGGCUAAUGGCACAGACGUAAACAUAGACACAGAGAAUAUAGAUGUAGUAGAUGCAAACAUAAAUGGAGACAUAAACACAAAGUCAAGUGUGGAGGACUCCUCCACUGAGGUUCUAGUAGAAGAUAAGGCCAUAGAAAGUCAGUCAGAGGAGAAACCCAAAGAUGAGGCCUCUGAGGAACCACAGCAGCCUGAACAAGAGAAUCAGAUCAGAGAGGAGGAUAAACUGGAAGAACAAGCACCAACUGAAUCCACAAAUGGAGUCAGUCAUGAAGCCAAAGACAGCUCAGAUGAUUCCGACCAGGUGGUCCCAUCUAAAGACGUCGAUGUGAAGGAAGAUGAGGAGAAAACAACCCAUGCAGAUGAGAGCACUUCACAAGAUGCCGUCUCUGUUCCAGAGAGUGAAACUGAUUCAGAAACCAAAAUGGAGCAAGGAAGCCCUGCUGUGAUUAAGCCAUAUGGGGAGAAGGAUUCAGACUCUGGCAGCAGCUCUGCCGCUGACAGCAGCAGCCUCGACCUCAAUCUGUCCAUCUCCAGCUUCCUGUCCAAAAGCAAAGAAGGAGGCUCUGUGUCUAUGCAGGAGUCAAAACGUCAGAAGAAGACUCUGAAGAAGACAAGAAAGUUUAUGGUGGAUGGUGUGGAGGUCAGUGUGACGACAUCAAAGAUAGUGACAGACAACGACACCAAGAAUGAGGAGAUGAGGUUCCUAAGGCGGCAGGAGUUAAGAGAGCUGCGCCUUCUUCAGAAAGAGGAGCAAAGGGCCCAGCAGCAGCUGAGCAACAAGCUGCAGCAGCAGCGAGAGCAGAUCUACCGGCGCUUUGAACAGGAAACUACUGCUAAGAAGCGUCAAUAUGACCAAGAAGUGGAGAACCUUGAGAAGAAGCAGAAACAGACCAUUGAGCGACUGGAACAGGAUCACACCAGCCGGCUCAGAGACGAGGCCAAACGUAUCAAAGCGGACCAAGACAAGGAGCUCUCCAAGUUCCAGAACAUGCUGAAGAACCGGAAGAAAGAGGCAGUGGCCCAGGUUAUGAUACAGUCUUUUCAGUUGUCCUCAUGUGCACUCUUCAACGCUCAGAUGCAGGAUGAGCAGGAGUUCCUACAGAAGCAGCAGCAAGAGCUGGAUGGAGCUCUGAAGAAAAUCAUCCAGCAGCAUAAAGUGGAGAUCGCGACUAUUGAGAGAGAUUGCCUCAACCACAAGCAGCAGCUAAUGAGAGCUCGGGAGGCAGCCAUGUGGGAGUUGGAGGAGCGCCACCUGCAGGAGAAGCACCAACAGCUGAAGCAGCAGCUGAAAGACCAGUACUUCAUGCAGAGACACCAGCUGCUGAAGAGGCAUGAGAAAGAGAUGGAGCAGAUGCAGCGCUACAACCAGCGUUUGAUAGAGGAGAUGAAGAACAAACAGACUCAAGAGAGGGUCCGUCUGCCCAAGAUCCAGCGCAGCGAUGCCAAAACUCGCAUGGCCAUGUUCAAAAAGAGUCUCCGCAUCACCGCAACGGCAUCUGUCACCCCGGAGCAGGAGAGAGAAAAGAUUAAACAGUUUGCUGCGCAGGAAGAAAAACGACAGAAAAACGAGAGGCUCCAUCAGCACCAGAAACACGAGAACCAGAUGAGAGAUCUGCAGCUGCAGUGCGACUCGAACAUCAGGGAGCUGCAGCAGCUGCAGAAUGAGAAAUGCCACCUUCUGAUUGAACACGAAACCCAAAAGCUGAAGGAGCUCGAUGAGGAGCACAGCCAAGAGAUCAAGGAAUGGAGAGAGAAGCUCAGACCCAGGAAGAAGGCGUUGGAGGAGGAGUUCACACGGAAGCUGCAGGAGCAGGAGGUCUUCUUCAAGAUGAGCGGGGAAUCCGAAUGCCUUAACCCCACCACCCAGAGCCGAGUGUCCAAGUUCUACCCCAUCCCAAACCUGCACAACUCCGGUUUAUAGCCUCGCGAGUGUCUGUGGUGUGAAACAGACUCCCGGGAAACUCGGCUGCGCUCACGGACUUUUUUUGCCGGUGGACCGACAUCAUUUCUCUGACCGUUAGCGAUUUAAAAUGUCCUCACUGCUUUGAGUCCACCAUUAGUGAGCAUGACGUGCCUACACACCGUUCCCUCACUUAAUCAAGCUUUCUCAGCUCGCUGGGAAAUCUCGAACAGAUAAUAUGCACUUUUUUGAGCAUGUUCAGAUUUUAAUAGUCUGCGGUUGGUAGCGAAGGUCAGUCAUGCUUAUCAAGUUCUUGUAAGCACAGCCUGCUACAGUAUGAAUGAUCUCCAGUGCCUCAUAUGUUACUUUUUCUCUGCAUUUAGGCCCUUCCUUGUGUUUUCUACAGCUUGCAGUCAAUGCAGUUUCCCCCUGAAUGUUUUUGCACUUAACUGGUUCUCAUUUCCGCUCACGAUCGCGACAUGUCGAGAGAUUUGUUUCAAUCAUUUCACACAAGCUGGACUUCCGUUUUGGCUGCAUGUAAAAUAGAUCUGGAUGAAGGGAGAUUUACCGAUUAGUCAAAAAGAAAACAGUCUGUAGUUGUAAGACGUUGUAAUGGCCGUGUCGUCUUCUGUGUCCGAUGUCGUCAUGGGAGUCCAAAACAGCGUCGUAAGGCUGUGAGCUCAAACGAAAAAGAAUGUACUGUGUUGCAAAUGUGUACCUACAUAUGAAGUUUAAUCAAACGCUGUGCUUACUGCGAGCAUUUUUUACCGUCUUGAGAGAUGAAUGAACAAAAAUCUAUCUAUUUAUUUAGCGCAUAAUAUCAUUUCAGUGCUGUAAAACACACAUCUCCCAGUUCAGUUAAAGACACGUUAACCUGUCGCUUCCUAUGUAAAGAAUAUCACUUUACUUUCUGGGAGUUCAUUUGAGUGAUAUUCUCAGAAACAGAUGAUUUGCUGUAAACUAUGAAACUUAAGGAAUGUAAAGCUGUUGAUUUGCACUGUUUUGCCACUUGAGCUAAAGAAAAAAUAUGCAGUAGUAUACUUUGCCCUUUUCAUCUUACCCAAGCCUUUUUUUAACCUCCAAACUGAGUUGUUUAAGCAUUUUUUCUUGCUUUUUUACUUAAAUUACUUAUAAUUUUACAUUUUUUUCCAAUACGCCCGUAGUAUUUUACAACCACUUCUGCAGUCAAAGCCUGCAUUCCUGAUAUUUUGCUGCUGUUGUCGCUCUGUACAGCGAGCUUUUGCUCUUGUCGAGACCAGUGCUGUAACUGUCUGAAUCUCGGUCUGAGGAGACGCCCUCCGCUGUAUUUUACGAGCAAAGUAUCGACGGUUCACAACACGAGAUUUAUUUGUUUCGCCAGGGCAUAUCAUCAACGCAUGUUCUAAUUUCUGUAUGCUGACAUCGACUCGUGUUUUGUCACGAAUGCUGGAUUUUAUUGGCGUUGUCGGAGGCUGUGUCAUGUGAAUUACACCAUUCGACCCAUAGAUUUCAAAUAUUUUUUUAUUUUAAGUUACAGCAUUUGACGUGUCAUUCUACCACAAUGUAUAUUCUUAGUAUAUGCAUUUUUGAUGUCAGAUCAAAUGUAUUUAAUGUGUCUUUAUAAAUGGACAUUUUUUUUCUUGUAAAUAAAAUAUUGACUGUU